CUACUCGUUUUCCAGCUUGAUGGGAAGAUAACUGAUAUACAGCAUUGUGUAAGUUUACAGUUGUAUACACUUAUGUAUGUAUUGCAAAAUGAUUGCCACCAUAGCAUUAGCUAACACCUCUAUCAUGUUAUACAAUCACUAUUUCUUUUUUUCUGUGGUAAGAACAUUUGAGGUGUACGCUCUCAGCAACUUUGAAGUCUGUACGUGUAAGCAUGACCCUGGUAACGGUAAUCCCCAUGCCAUACCAGAUCCCCCGAAUUUACUCGUCUUAGAACUAGAAGCUUGUACCCUUUGAGCAACAUUUCCCCAUUUCCUUCAGCAACCAGCACGAGGACCCUGCAAGAUCCUUGCGGCUAGACCUGUUAACCCGACCAGAGCAAUGACACCAAUGCAUCAGUCCUCCCUGACAGUCAGGACUCGCUAUUAUUAGAUCCUCCCCCAUAUCUUCUCCCACCUGAGGCCCCAAUGCCGGAGCCUAACCCACAGGCGGAACCUCAACAAGAGGGCCUAGUGCCUAUGGACCUACGGGGGGCAGAAGGUGGGGUCGAAGGACCAGCCAACCUAACGAGAGGGCGAAUUCAGCGGGACACAGCCUCCCGCACUCCUGACUCCACAGUAGCUCUCCCCUUACGGGAGAUCGACCCUCAGGAUGAAACCGGUAACCCUCGACUCCAAUAUUGGCCCUUCUCUACCAGUGACCUGUAUAACUGGAAAACCCAAAAUGCCCGUUUCUCUGAGAACCCUAAAGACCUUAUCGCCCUUUUAGAGAGCAUAAUGUUUACCCACCAGCCCACAUGGGAUGAUUGUCUGAGCAGCUUCUGAGAAUCCUGUUCACCACGGAGGAAAGAGAAAGUUCAACUCGAGGCUCGAAAACUGGUUCCUGGAGAUGAUGGGCGACCCACUGUUAACCCUGAUCUCAUUAAUGCAGCCUUUCCCCUGACGCGGCCCAGUUGGGAUUACACCCCCACGGAAGGUAGGGGAUGACUGCUCAUUUAUCGCCAGACUCUAAUGGCGGGUCUCCGGGCUGCGGCACGCAAGCCCACUGAUGUGGCCAAGGCGUACUCAACAGUACAAGGUAAGACAGAGAGCCCUGCUGUAUUCUUAGCAAGACUGACGGAAGCCUUUAGGCAGUGCACUCCCAUGGAUCCCGAGGCUCCUGAAAACCAGGCUGCAGUUGUAAUGUCGUUUGUAAAACAGGCCACGCCCGAUAUUAAGAAAAAGCUCCAAAAAUUAGAGGAUUUAGAAGGUAAACAGGUUCAGGAUCUACUCCGCAUUGCUCAGAGGGUAUAUAACAAUCGAGAUGCCCCUGAGGAAAAACAACGACCAGAGAAAUGACUAAAGUUUUAGCUACCAUUGUUCAAAAAGAUCAGGGGAGACCCCUAGAUAAAAACCAAUGUUUUCACUGUGGAGAAAAGGGACAUUGGAAGCGAAACUGCCCUAAAAGAAAACAAGCCUACAAAAAGGCAAACUAUUGGCAGCCCAAAGAAGCUCCAGUCCUGUUCACCCAAGAUACAGAAUAGCGGGGACGGGGCUCGGACCCCCUCCCCGAGCCCAGGGUAACUUUACAAGUGGAGGGGACUCCUGUACAGUUCCUUGUAGACACAGGGGCUCAGCAUUCCGUGCUAACCAAUCCUCACGGGAAACUCUCUAACAAAUCAGCCUGGGUCCAAGGUGCAACUGGGACUAAAAAAUAUCCUUGGACCACCCAGCGGACUGUGGAUCUGGGAACUGGAAAGGUAACCCAUUCCUUUUUAGUCAUGCCAGACAGUCCCUGCCCGCUGCUGGGAAGAGACCUCCUCACCAAAAUGGGAGCGCAAAUUCACUUCCAGCCCGGAGGACCUAUGGUGACUAACUCUCAAGAUCAGCCCAUAUCGGUCCUCACCAUACAGCUAGAAGAUGAAUACCGACUCCAUCAAGUUCCACCUCCCCCGGAACAAAAUAUUGACUUUUGGCUUAGCUGAUACCCAGAGGCCUGGGCAGAAAUGGGGUUAGCAAAACAUAGGCCCGCCUUGUUCAUUGAAAUCAAGCCAGGAGCCGACCCUGUGAGAGUUAAACAAUACCCAAUGUCCACAGAAGCUAAACUGGGCAUCACCCCGCACAUCCGCCAUCUCCUUAAAAUCGGAGUCCUUCGAACUUGCCACUCGGCAUAGAACACUCCCUUGUUGCCGGUGCGCAAACCCAACGGCAACGAUUACCGGCCAGUGCAGGACCUAAGAGAGGCCAAUAAACGUGUGAUGGAUAUUCACCCUACCGUACCCAACCCAUAUACUCUUCUCAGCACCCUCAACCCGAACAAACUAUGGUAUACAGUCCUUGACCUAAAAGAUGCUUUCUUCAGUCUGCCGCUAGCUCCUAAACGCCAAGAGAUCUUCGCAUUCGAGUGGACAGACCCUGAACAGGGCAUUAAUGGACAGCUCACAUGGACCCGGCUCCCACAAGGAUUCAAAAAUUCUCCCACAUUAUUUGAUGAGGCUCUUCAGGAGGACCUAAGUGAGUAUCAGAGACUAAACUCUGAGAUAACUCAGAUAAAGGCCCAAAUCUGCAAAUCAGAGGUAACAUACCUGGGGUACCUAAUAAAAGGAGGACAGAGGUGGCUCACCGAUGCCCGGAAAGAAACAGUCCUUCAUAUUCCACGACCCACCACACCUCGACAGGUGAGAGAAUUUUUGGGGUCGGCAGGAUUCUGUAGACUUUGGAUUCCGGGCUUUGCAGAGAUGGCCAAGCCUCUCUAUGUAGCCUCCAAAAACCAAUCACCCUUCGAAUGGACUGAGGAGACCGAAAAAGCCUUCCAACAGAUAAAGACUGCCCUUCUGGCAGCCCCAGCUCUAGGGUUGCCAGACCUCUCCAAACCCUUCCACCUGUAUGUGGACGAACAUAAGGGCAUUGCCAAGGCUGUGCUAACCCAGCAGCUAGGACCCUGGCCCAGACCAGUGGCCUACCUCUCAAAAAAACUAGACCCUGUGGCUGCAGGAUGGCCCCCUUUUCUGCGAAUAAUAGCAGCAACGGCCCUGAUGGUCAAGGACGCAGAUAAACUGUCUCUAGGGCAGGAGCUACAUGUUGCUACCCCCCAUGCUAUUGAAGGGGUACUUAAACAGCCCCCUGACAGAUGGAUGAGCAACGCUCAGAUGGUCCACUACCAAGGACUCCUGUUAAAUCCAACGCGGAUUAUAUACACCCCAUCUCGGACCUUAAACCCAGCAUCACUGUUGCCAGAUCCUGACCUAAGCUCCCCGCUCCAUGACUGUGUUGAUAUCCUAGCACAGGUUCAUGGAACGCGGGAAGACCUGAGGGACCAGCCCUUACCCGAGGCUGAGUUUACCUGGUUCACCGCCGGGAGCAGCUUCGUCCAUCAAGGGCAGAGGUACGCAGGGGCAGCUGUAACCACCAAAACGGAGGUAAUUUGGGCAGAGGUUUUACCCCCUGGAACAUCAGCCCAAAAGGCUGAAUUAAUUGCCUUAACACAAGCACUAACGAUGGGAAAAGAUCGAAAAGUAACCAUAUAUACAGACAGCCGAUAUGCCUUCGCUACAGCCCACAUACAUGGGGAAAUAUACCGAGAAAGAGGAUUGCUUACAGCGGAAGGCAAAGAUAUCAAAAAUAAAGACGAGGUGCUGGCACUACUGACAGCUAUAUGGGCCCCUAAAAAGCUGGCCAUUGUACAUUGCCCAGGGCACCAAAAAGUGACUGAUCCAGUCUCACGGGGAAAUAACUUGGCGGAUCAGACGGCUCGCCAGGUGGCACAAAAAUCCAUAUCAGUAUUACCUGUAAAGUUGCCAGACCCCGGGCCAAGAGAUUUGCCUCCACAACCUGAGUAUUCGGUGGAGGACCUUGCAUGGGUACAUCAACUUCUGAGAACCCGAACCAGAGAUGGCUGGUGGUGGGACUCCAGAGAUGACCUUAUCUUACCAAAAAAAUUAGGGCAGGAAAUCUUAACAAAAAUACACCAUUCCACCCAUCUGGGCUCACGAAGGCUACAGGACCUCAUUCGCUACUCCAAAAUAACCUUCAAAAAUAAGUCUGAAGAAUUAGAAAAAAUAACAACAACCUGCUCCACCUGUCAGCUUCAGAAUGCCUACCCUCAUACUUCUUCCAAAGGAAACCGUGAAAGAGGAACUGUGCCUGGAGUUUACUGGGAAGUAGACUUUACUGAGGUAAAACCUAGUAAAUACGGCUAUAAGUACUUAUUAGUAUUUAUAGAUACCUUUUCAGGGUGGACAGAGGCGUUUCCUUCCAAGAAUGAAACCGCACAGAUAGUAACAAAAGAAUUACUAGAAGAGAUCUUACCAAGGUAUGGAUUUCCAGUCAUGACAGGGUCAGACAACGGACCCGCAUUUGUUUCUAAGGUAAGUCAGGGACUGGCUUCCAUACUUGGGGCAAAUUGGAAAUUACAUUGUGCUUAUAGGCCCCAAAGCUCAGGACAGGUUGAAAGGAUGAAUAGAACCUUAAAGGAGACCCUAACUAAAUUGACUAUGGAGACUGGCGCUAAUUGGGUAGCCUUACUCCCCUACGCUCUGUACAGGGUUCGAAAUUCCCCUUACAAGCUAGGUCUCACACCCUAUGAAAUUAUGUUUGGCAGACCCACCCCUAUUAUACCCGACCUCAAGUCUAAUCUAAUCCAGUUUGAUCAGGAUGAUGGCUUUUUUCGUCCCUUAGGGCACUGGAGCGGGCUCAUAAGGCAAUCUGGCCCAGACUGAAGGGGCUGUAUAAGACGGGACCCCCACCGGCGCCUCAUCCCCAUCAUCCAGGAGACUGGGUCCUCGUCAAACGACACCCACAAGAAAACCUCGAACCCAGGCGGAAGGGACCUUAUCAGAUUAUCCUGACAACUCCCACUGCCGUCAAGGUUGAUAACAUCCCUGCCUGGAUCCACCAUACCCACGUCAAGCCUGUUGACCCGUCGGAUCUCAUAGAGCUAACAACAAAGACAUCACCUGGACAG